AUGUUUCUGUUGUUCCGUAAUGCAUUAAGUAAACAUUUACUGCAUUACUACAUCACCUGCAUCACCUGUGCUCCCGUUGUUCAUCGUUUUGCUCAAUACUUCCAUUUGUCCCGAUUGGGUCGGCGGUCUUCUUGCGGUGCAUUUGAUGUCGUGUGGCAUCCAGUCGCUCACAGCUCUGGUCCAACGAUUGUCGUUGAAACGCAUCACGUGUCCGGCCCACCUAAUUUUGCUUUCCUUAGCAUUUGCGGCAGUGUCUCUGAUCUUCGAUUGCAAGAACGUGCCAAACACAAAACCAUUAUUCUUUUUUCCGAUGGUGAUAAUGACAAUAUCCCAGAAUAUUAUGAGUUCAAGCAGAGAGAUGAAGCGUCGAAGUGCCGGGACGUUGGAAUACGAAUUCUUUAUAUUAUGGUCGGAGAUGAUAUAGAUGAGCCAGUCUGUGUAGGUGUUGCUGGUGGAUAUGAGAACACUAUUUCUGUCGGCGGUUUCCAAGCAAGUCUUCAUUUCCUGAUUUUACUAAUAAUUUUGAAUACUAAGAUACUUAGAUGGCUGGUCUUCACUAGACGUGCGGGCACCAGCAUUUCUUCCACUAAUUUCGUUCCCUUGCCAUUGUCAUCGAAGAUGUUCUCAACUUUCGUGAGUGACCUUGACGAGGUCCUUGAGCCGUAUCCAGCUGAGCUCUCAGCUGGUCCAUCCGUGUAG